CUGCUUUUGUCUUACACCACGUCAGUAGCCCUGAAAGGUUCCGAUUUUGUACACGAAUCUAAUACUCAAGUUCGCAGCUCGCCUGCCGGACAGACGGAGCACACGUAACUCACGGUAUCCACACACGCCCUUAACGGCCAGUACAGCUAGCCGCCAUGUACAUCGCCGACACAUCCGACCUCACCCUCGACAUAUGGAGCUUGAUGCGCUCCUCGGCGGAGCUCCUCGGGAAGGGCUUGUUGUGGGUGAGCGCAAUCACGUCUGUACGCGUACCAGGAGCACGGGUGCAGCAGAACUGGAAUGCGAGUAUGGGAGUCUCGAACGGGGAGUAUCUACUGGGAUUAGGCAUCGGAGACAUCACAGGGCCGGUGGUUGAAACGAACAUGAUGGGCUACGCAGACAGGCAGCAAACCGACACAGGUCUGCACAUGCGCCAGCGGAGCCGCGCCUGGAUCGUAGCAGACCCCUCCGCGCCCUCCAACCGCGUCGUCUUCAUCAACGCCGACAUCGGCAUGGGCGACACCGGCAUCCGACGCUCGAUCAUCCACCGCCUCUCCCACGAAUACCCGGACCUCUACACGCACACGAACAUCGCGCUCGUCGCGACGCACUCGCACGCGGGGGUCGGGGGAUACCUCGAGAACCUCCUCCCGCACAUCACCUCGCUGGGCUACGUCCCCCAGACCGCAGAGGCUAUCGUCGAGGGCACCGUCCUCGCCGUCCAGCGUGCGCACGCGAGCCUCACUCCAGGUAGGCUCCGGCUCGGGAACGCGACGGUAGUAGGAGCGAAUAUCAACAGGUCGCCGAGCGCGGCCCGGUAUGAGGCGGAUGUGGAUAAGGAGAUGACGGUGCUGCGGUUCGAGGAUGGGGAAGGGAGCGCGAGGGGUUUCUUGAGCUUCUUCCCGGUUCAUGGCACGAGCCUAUAUCAGAACAACACCCUCAUCAGCGGCGAUAACAAGGGGAUGGCAGCCUACCUAUACGAGGCCAUGGUCGAGCCGGACGCAAUGCCCGGACAGACGAAUUUCAUCGCCGGUUUCACCCAAUGUACCCUCGGCGCCGUCUGCCAGAGCCCUGGGAAGCCCUGGGACGGCAAGCCGUGCGACUUCGAGCAUUCAACGUGUGGGAACACGACGCAAGACUGCCGCGGCCGCGGCCCGGGCUUCCGCAUCUCGGACUUCGAGUCUAAUAGGAUCAUCGCGCAGCUCCAGGUCGACGGCGCGAAGAGCGUGAUGGACCGCCCUGAGGACAUGAUGCCUGUUGCUGGACCGGUGAAAGCGGUGCAUACGUAUGCGGACAUGAGUUUCAGGUCGUUUGAGCUGCCUGAUGGGAGGACGGUGCAGACCUGCCCGUCUGCAUUGGGCUACUCGUUUGCAGGAGGGACAACAGACGGUCCUGGCGCGUUCGAUUUCACUCAGGGCGAUAAUUCGACCUCACAGAACCCGUUCUGGGAGUUCGUGAAGGUCGCGGUGACGCCCCGCCCGCCACCCGAGCAAGUCUUGUGCCACUAUCCGAAGCCUAUCCUUCUCGACACCGGCUACGCAGAGAAACCGUACGCGUGGUCCCCCAGUACAGUCGACAUCCAGAUCCUUCGCGUUGGCAACCUCGUCAUGCUCAUUAUCCCUGGGGAGAUGACCACCAUGGCUGGCCGGCGCAUCCGCGAAGCCAUCCGUGCGAAUCUCAUCGCGUCCGGGGUCAUCGGCGAGGAUGCUUAUGUUGUAGUGGCGGGGCCCGCGAACACGUACGCGCAUUACGUGACGACCCAGGAGGAGUACUCGGUGCAGCGGUAUGAAGGCGCUUCGACGAUCUUCGGGCCUCAUACGCUGGACGCAUACAUCCAUGAGUACGGCAAGCUUGUGCGGUACCUCGCACCCGGCAUCACGGAGAUGCCGCCGUCAGACGCUGCACCUAUCGAUCUCACUAGCGAAGUCAUCUCGUUGCAGCUACCUGUGAUACAAGAUACAGCGCCGCUUGGCAAGAACUUCGGCGACGUGCUCGCUGACGUUGAGGUGGACGCGCCGUACCAUGCAGGAGACACUGUCGCUGCCCGAUUUGUCGGGUACAACAACCUGCGCCUGGAACAAACUUUCUUGACAGUUGAUAGAUGGCUUGACGAGCAAUGGGUCCCGGUGAGGUCGGACUCGCACCCCUCCACGACGUAUCGUUGGGAGAGGACGAACGUGGCUUUCGGCGUCAGCACCGUCAAUGUCACCUGGACGGUUGAGCCAGAUACGCCUGCUGGCACGUAUCGGUUCACCUACUACGGCGAUGCGAAGCACAUCCUUGGAACCAUCACCCCGUUCAUUGGGCGGUCGUCCAACUUCACUGUUGCAUGAUCUCAAUCACGAUCAUAACGAUGCUUGGAUUCAUUCUCUAUGCUUGGACUGAUCACCUGUUGUAUCCUCACACCUCGGACUCCGUUGUGUACUCCCCUACUGACCUAUACUGGAAUGCUAGCACAUGUGCGGACUGUAUCACAGUUGAUGUAGCUUCGUUCUGCGGUUUGACAGUGCGUCGUGAUCCUGCUUGGGGUAUUGUCAACGUUGCGAGUGGCCUUUGAUUAUCUUACCGGUACUUAUAUGAGUGGUGAGUGCCAAUCGGACGCGGUCAGUGAUUUGACGAGUGGAUAAUUUGAUUGCGAUGCAUACUUGUCUAAUCGCGCUACGCCCGCGCGCUGUCUUGAUACGAUGAUCACAAUGCAUAUGCAGGUCUGCUA